UAAGGGGGGAAAUGUAUAUAUUUGCAAUAACUAUGGUCGAAACGCUUUAAUGCUUGCUUCUGCUAAAGGACACGAAAACAUUAUUAAACUUUUAAUUGCAGCUGGAAGUGAUGUAUCUGCUGUUGAUAUUUAUGGAAAAAAUGCAUUAAUGCUAGCCUCUGAAAAUGGGCACUACAACGCUGUUCUGCUGUUAAUCAACAGUGGAUGGGAUGUUAAUUCUUUUGAUACACAUGGAUUUAAUCCAUUAAUGCUUGCCUCUUUUCAUAGGCGUGAAAAUGUGUUCAAACUAUUUAAUAAAUUUUCGAUGCAUUUGGAGCACUAUGACUUAAAAAUGAUUAAACUUUUAAGAAUGUGUAUAAACAUCCUAAAUACAAACGACGUUAAAUCUCAGGUAAACACAGUAGAUUUUCUUUUGAAAAUUGCUGAAAACAAUCCCAAUUUUCUUACAAAAAAAGUUAACUUAAUGGAAACUCUUGAAAUUAUAAAAAUACGCGCUGAUAAAAUACUGCAAAGGAAGAUUUCUUGUAUAUUUUGGAAUGUCAACAAAUCUUCAAUUUCUUUGGAUCCAUAUGCAGAUAAAUUUUUAGCACCGUAUGUACCAAAUGACUGGACUAGAAGUCAAGUAUUGAUCGGACAAGGCGCCAGUGGAAGUAUUUACAUCGUAGACAGGGAUGAUCUUGAUACUGAUACCAGACUUGCUGUCAAAGAAAUCAUUUAUAAAGAAUCAAAUAUCUCAAGGUAUUUAUCUGAAGUGAAUAUUUUAAUGAAACUACAGCACACAAGAAUAACAAAUUUUUACGGCUUUGAGAUCAAAGAAAAUAGAAUUUAUUUAUUUUUCGAAUAUAUGCCACAGGGGUGCUUAUCCGGAUAUAUUGCAAAAAACAACCCGCUCGAUGAAUCCAAAAUAUUUCAGUUUACAAAGCAAAUACUGGAAGCAGUUUCCUACCUUCACAACUUUAAUCCACAGAUAAUACACAGAGACAUUAAAGGAGCUAACAUAUUACUAAAAGAUGAAAAUAAUUUGAAGCUAGCGGAUUUUGGUUUAUCAAAACUUCUGGAGACAACUUCACCAAGAUCAGUUGUAGGGACCUCUAACUUCAUGGCACCGGAAGUUGUUUGUGGAAAUGAAAAAACAGUUUACACUCUAAAGGCUGAUAUUUGGAGUGUUGGGUGUACAGUUGUUGAAAUGGCUACAGGGAAACCACCUUUUCCAGGAUAUUUGGAUGCACAAAUUGCGUACAGAUAUAAAUGUAGAAAAAGGCCAGUAUAUCAACUUCCAGAAAGUUCAUCUAAAUCUAUAAAACUUUUAUUGGAAAAAUUGUUGCACAUGAAUCCUAAAAAACGACCAACUGCAGAUGAGGCACUUGAACGUUUUUUUUAAAUGUUCAAAGUGGUAUAUUUUUUAUGAUUUUCCUAACUAACUUAA